UCGUCGGACGUAGCCGAAUUAGGUUGAACAUUGUGGCUGAGCUGGAUCAAGGAGCACGAUAAGAUAGUAAUUUCUGUCUCACUUGAUUGGUGCCGUUUAAUUGUGCAGUGAAUAAGAAUUUCAUCAAAUUAACAGAAUUAGAAAAGCUUCGUAGUGCUUCAAAUUGGUGCUAUUUUAAUUGGCUAGGAUGAGUGAUCAACAGAGGGAUCAACAGCAGCCCAGGCAGACCGGUUUUGAAACGCUCAAACAGCAUGUUAUUGCAAACAAACUGGAAACGACGCAAUGGGUGUCCCGUGUGCUAACCAUCUACUUUGCGCUAGGAUAUGUACUACCUUUUCUCUAUGGGAAUCCUGUUAAUGCAUACUAUAAAGUGCUAAUGGCAAAUGCGGCUACCAGCGCGAUUCGAUUGCAUCAACGCCUACCACCGUUUCAGUUAUCACGUAACUAUUUGCAGCAAAUGCUGCUGGAGGAUUCCUGUCAUUAUCUCUUCUUCUCGCUGAUAUUCCUGUAUGUGUAUCCAAUGCUGCUCAUCAUUCUGCCGGUUAUACUUUUCUCUGUUUUGCAUUCUACGAGCUACUCUUUAACCCUCCUUGAUACCCUUGGACAAAACUCUUGGUGGGGUGCUCGGCUACUGAUAUCGUUAGUAGAAUUCCAAACUCGCAACAUUCUUCGGUUAGCCGCGUUUUCCGAAAUCAUCAUCAUGCCACUAUCGGUGUUAUUAGUGUUUCUUGGUAAGGCUGGUAUCAUGACACCGUUGGUGUACUACCAGUUUUUGGUUCUACGUUAUUCAUCUCGACGCAAUCCCUAUACACGUAACAUGUUCUAUGAACUGCGUUUGGUGGCGGAAAACUUUGCCAAUGGAACGACGACGCCGGUAAUACUCCGGAAGAUGCUGCAAGGGACCAUAAGUUUUAUCAGCAGGUUAGCCCCACCGACGCAAGUGCAACAGCAACAGCAGCAGCAGCAAUAAAAGCGGAUAGUAAAAAAAGAAAACAAACGAAAAUUUCCAUUGAUUGUUUUGCACCCAUGUUCCCUUAUCAUUAACACGCCGUCACGUUUGAUAUUGCAAUACGCAUGCACAAAUAUUGCAAACUGUCUUUGCUUUUAACUCAAUGGAAGAUUGAUUUACAUUCGAUGAUUUUAUAAGAAUCGGUUUAACGCAUGUUUCUCGGUUGCGGCAGGUUUCACAGUUGUGGACCUCUUAAGUUCGAUACAGAGGCCGUUUUGAACAACUUUCAGCUUCAUGUUAGUAACAGGAAGAAGGCAGUACGUGAAGCCAAAGGAACGUAUACAUAUGUGUUGUUUAAUCCCAUUUGUUUUCUUUUUCUUUCGGUUUGAACAUUUUUUCGUUUUUUUAAACCCAUUUAUAACUUUUUGUUAUUAUUGCUAUAAGUAUAAGGUAAAAGACUUUGUAAAACAAAAUGUCAGAAUCAAAUUGUAACAAACCGACAGGCAGAGAAACUUUUUAUGGUGAAUGGAACGAAUUUGAAGGAAAUAAAAAACAAUUACAAAUAAUAUCUACGA